AUGGGGAUGCUCGAUAUCCUUCGAGCGAUCCUUUGGGGUCCAGUUCGAUUGCUUCAUGGGUUGGGCAACUUAGUUCUCUUCCCAUUCCUACUGCAACUUCCUGACCUCCCAACCUUUACCGCUCAAAGCAGGCUCAUCAAUGCCUCUGACAUCGCCGCACAGAUUCGCUCACGGCCCCCCGGAUCAAGACUCCAAUUCAUCCGAGGAACGGCUCCUUCAAAUACAAUUCGCACAAAGGAUACCUCGUCUCAUGACCAUGUCCACCGGGUGUAUCUUGGUCCGGCUAAACGGAUCCUGAACAUUGACACGGCGGAAAGGACCGUGACUUGUGAACCAGGGGUAACGAUGUCUGAGCUCGUUGAGGCAGUGUUACCACUCGGUCUCGUCCCUCCCGUUGUGCCUGAGUUCAAAGCAUUGACUGUCGGAGGGUUAAUUGCUGGCGCUGGGCUUGAGUCUUCGUCCUUUGUUCAAGGACAGUUUUGUGCGGCGCUAGAUUCGGCGAAGGUUGUGUUGGCAGAUGGGAGGAUUGUUGACUGUAGUAGAGAGGAGAAUGAGGACCUAUUUUGGGGGAUGCUGGGGGCGUACGGGACGUUUGGGCUUCUUGUGUCUGCGACGUUGAGGUUGGAGGAGGCCAAGUCGGGGUGGGUACGCGUGAGGUACCAACCAACGCAGGACAUUGUCGACGACAUCAGGGCUGUUUGCAAGGAGGGCUCAGAUGACUACGUCGACGGCAUCGCCUUUGGCCCAACGUGCGGGGUGAUCAUUCGAGGUUCCCGCUCAGCGGCCCCUCCUCCCCCCAAUGCCCGAAUCCUCCACUUAUCGCGUGCUUCAUCACCAUGGUUCUCAAAACACAUCGAAUCGGCUCUCCGCAUCGAAAACGCAACCUGGUCAACUCCUACCCUCCUCCAACCCAUCGAAGAGUGGCUCCCUUACCAGGAUUACCUCUUCCGCUACGACCGCGGCGCCUACUGGAUGGGCAAGUACGCCCUCGAGAUCCUUCCCUUCGGAUACAACCUCAUCUCACGCACUCUCCUUGCACCACUGCUGACGACCGAGGCACUUUAUAGACGAUUGCAUGCGGCUCCGGAACAUAUCGUAGAGUCGACAUUGGUGAUUCAGGAUAUUUAUAUCCCAGAAGAGGGGGCGGCGGAGUUUAUGGAGUUUGUUGGGUCGGGGGAGGCGGCGGAGGAGACUCAGAUUUACCCGCUCUGGCUGUGUCCGAUCAAGUCCACUUCGAACGCAUCAAAGUUGUCGCCGAAUUAUGUGGAAGAGGGUAACAAGUUCUUCAUCAAUUUUGGCAUCUGGCAUCACGCAGACCACUGGACACCCGGCUCACCCGUGCCAAAAGCCACGACACGAAGGCUGGAACAGAAAGCGCACGAGGUUGGUGGAAGGAAGAUGUUGUAUGCGCAAACGUAUUACACGGAUGAGGAGUGGAGGAGCAUAUAUGAUAUGAAGUGGUACGCGUUUGCGAAGAGUAUGUGGGAUCCGGAAGGCGUGUUUGGAGAUCUACGGAAGAAGAUUGGAAGGGGUUAA